AUGGCACGGCGGACAACGAUCAUCGUCUAUCUUGUUCUCGUGACGGCCCACCUCUUCGUGGCCGCGGUCUCGCAGUAUCGCGAUCGAGAGAGUCUCUGCGAGUCCCGGCAGACCUGCGCGAGCUGCCUGCAAACGCCGCGAUGCGUCUGGUGCUCCAUGACGGCAUCUACACGAAAUGUAAGUACUCCUUUAUUGCGUUGUGUAUCCAAACAAACAUAUUUGAAAGAAGGCAAUUUUUGGUGUCAACCAUCAGCUGUGAUCGAUCACGAGAAUACGAUGGAUAUUCUGGAAAAUCAACAGUUAUCCUCAAUUAAGGGUAAAGAUCCCGUCCAAGUUCAACCUCAGAAGAUACGUUUACAUCUCAGGUCAGGAGAAGAGUAUCGCGUAACUAUGAAAUACAGUCAGGCGGAAGAUUAUCCUGUGGACUUAUAUUACCUUAUGGAUCUAUCGGCCUCCAUGGAGCCAUAUAGAGAUAAAUUAUCGAAACUCGGUUUGCAGUUAGCCGAAGCCAUGCAAAAGCUCACAUCAAAUUUCCGUAUUGGCUUUGGCAGCUUUGUAGAUAAGGUUGUUUUACCGAUGACUAGCACGCAACCCGAUAAAUUGGAAUCUCCCUGUAUUUUGAAAACUGGAAAACCGUGUGCACCACCUUACGAUUAUAAAAAUCAAAUGCCUCUUACGGAGAAUAUAGCUCUAUUUGAGGAUCAGGUACAAGCGGCGCCAGUAUCGGGUAAUCUAGACGGUCCCGAAGGCGGGCUCGACGCGAUGAUGCAGGUCAUAGUAUGCACCAAGGAAAUCGGCUGGCGUCAAAAAGCACGUCAUCUUAUUGUGUUCUCGACCGACGCAAUCUUUCAUAUCGCUGGGGACGGUAAACUUGCAGGAAUAAUAGAACCCAACGAUUGCAAAUGUCACUUGGAUGAAAAUGGAUUUUAUACUUAUUCUCUUCUACAAGAUUAUCCGUCAAUUUCUCAGCUCAAUAGAAAAGCGCGCGAGCAUAAUAUGAAUAUUAUCUUCGCUGUUCCUGAUCACAAAAAUGCAACUUAUCAACGAUUAAGUCGUAGUAUUAGCGGAUCCUCAACCGGAACUCUAGAAAAUGACUCGCAGAAUGUCGUCGGCUUAGUGAGCAGUGAAUAUGAAAAACUAGUGGACUCGGUGACGAUAAUCGAUACAGCGCCGAAAAUGAUCGAUGUUAAAUAUUUCUCCCGAUGUUUGAACAAAACGGGAGAGUUGUUGGAACGUCAGGAAUGCGAAGGACUUCGCGUAGGCAACAUAAUUGAGUUUGAGAUUGUGCUUAAAGUUGUGGAAUGUCCUAAAGAUCCAAAGGAUUGGUAUCAAACUAUGGAGAUUAAACCUAGAGGCUUGAACGAGAGUUUGACUAUCGAGUUCGAAAUUAUAUGCGAUUGUCCUUGCGAGAAACCUGGACAUCCGGGAUAUCAACCGAACGCAAUAGAAUGCAAGGGUAAAGGCACAUCCGUGUGUGGUGUAUGUUCAUGCAAUUCCGGUUUUUAUGGGAAGCAAUGCGAAUGCGAGGGAAGUGAUAUCGGUGCUGACCAAUCAAACUCGAUGACCGACUGCAAACCCGACAAUCUAACCACUGAAAUUUGCAGUGGCCAUGGUACGUGCAAAUGUGGUGUUUGCGACUGUGAUAAACGAUCAAAUCCGCAAGAAUUGUUUUACGGAAAAUAUUGCGAAUGCGACAAUUUCUCUUGCAAACGCAGUGGCGGUCAGGUCUGUGGCGGACGGGGCAAGUGCGAAUGCGGUACCUGCAAUUGCUUGCCGGGAUGGGGUGGCGAGACGUGCGACUGCAAGGAGACUAACAGCACAUGCAUCCCGCCGUCGGGCGAAAACGUCGAGAUUUGCAGCGGACGUGGCAACUGCAUCUGCGGCAGCUGUCAUUGCCACGAGCGGGACAAUAUUCGAUAUUCCGGACAAUACUGUGAAGAGUGUCCUACGUGUCCAGGACAACGUUGUGAGGAACUGAAGGAUUGCGUGGAGUGCGUAGCGUACAACACAGGACCGCUCGCGAAAAACGGGAAAUGCGAUUUGUGCAUGCACGAAAUAGACAUCGUCGAUACUGUCGAGGAAGAUCCUACGAAAGAUGAGGAAGCCGAUGCCCGCAUAUGUCGAACACCCGGUGACGCAGGCUGCACGUUUGUCUUUAAAUACCAAUACCACAGAGCCGGUACUGGAGGAGAUAUCAAAAUCUUUAAGAUUCAAGCUGAGCAAGAGAGAGCUUGUCCAACACCAAUUAACGUUUUUGGUGUUGCGCUAGGCGUUGUUAUAAGCACCGUCAUCAUCGGUUUCCUGAUUCUCCUCAUUUGGAAGAUCCUCACGAUUAUUCAUGACAAGAGGGAAUAUGCAAAGUUCGAGAAGGAGCGCGCUCUCGCCAAAUGGGACAGAGGCGAGAAUCCUCUAUACAAACAAGCCACGUCAACUUUCAGCAAUCCAACAUUCCAGGAAUACGCUACAAAUUAA